AAGCCCGGCAGUGCCGGCGUAGAAGAAGAAUAUGAACCGGAAGUGAUUAAACGCUCAUUGCUAAUAUAUGGCAACAUUGCUAUUAUUAUUUAUGUACAAAUUAAAGAGUUAAAGCUGUGAAAAAAUGAGUUCGCCGGACAGAAAACACGGAACCAAACGAGCGGCGUCUCCAAGUGAAGAGGAGUCCACCCAGUGGGCCUCAGCUGACCUGGGAAGUGACGAGAGGAGGCAGAAGUUUCUACGGCUGAUGGGAGCCUCCAAGAAAGAACACACUGGACGUUUGGUUAUUGGCGACCACAAGUCCACUUCACUAUUUCGCAGCGGCAAUGAAGACAAGAAGAUGAACCAGCAGCUGGAGAUACAGUACCAGCAGGGGUUGGACGACAAGCUGUCGGGACGCAACCGCAGACACUGUGGACUGGGAUUCAGCGAGCCCGAGUCGUCUGAGGUGCAGCCAGCAGACGGUCAGAACGAGGCAAAGGCGAAGCCCGAGACGUCGCCAAAGCCCGAGACGUCCCCCAGCAGCGAAGGCAGCGACUCGGAAGACGAGGUUUGUGAUUCGAAGCCAAAAGAAAGCGCGACAAAAAAGGACAAAAGCGUCCCAGAACGCAAAGAAACACCCAAAAUGUCCUUUGUGAAAUCAUCGUAGGGACGAGGAAAACGUUUACCUGGCAUUACUCAUUUCCUUCGCCUGAAUUACAACGGUGACAAUUUUUUUUAAUGGUAAAAACUUAAUAAAAAGUCCACACAAAAAGUGUUUUUGCACAA